UGCGAGGAUGCCGUCCAGGAAAGAUCGUCCAGAUGACGGAGGCUGAGGUUCGGGGUUUGUGCAUAAAGUCUCGAGAGAUUUUCCUGAGUCAACCCAUCCUGCUGGAGCUGGAGACCAUCUGCCUGCUGCUGGCCUACAAGAUCAAGUACCCGGAGAACUUCUUCCUGCUGCGGGGGAACCACGAGUGCGCCUCCAUCAACCGCAUCUACGGCUUCUACGACGAGUGCAAGCGCAGGUUCAACAUCAAGCUGUGGAAAACCUUCACCGACUGCUUCAACUGUCUGCCGAUUGCCGCCAUCGUGGACGAGAUCUUCUGCUGCCACGGAGGCCUCUCUCCAGACCUGCAGUCCAUGGAGCAGAUCAGACGCAUCAUGAGGCCCACUGACGUACCUGACACAGGUCUGCUGUGUGAUCUGCUGUGGUCUGACCCAGAUAAGGAUGUUCAGGGUUGGGGUGAGAAUGACCGCGGCGUCUCCUUCACCUUCGGCGCUGAUGUCGUCAGCAAAUUCCUGAACCGCCACGACCUGGACCUGAUCUGCCGUGCACACCAGGUGGUGGAGGACGGGUACGAGUUCUUCGCUAAGCGUCAGCUGGUCACGCUGUUUUCGGCACCCAAUUACUGCGGCGAGUUCGACAACGCUGGAGGCAUGAUGAGCGUAGACGAAACACUCAUGUGCUCCUUUCAGAAGCGGUGAAUACGAUCGUGUGAUGGGGGCGGGGCUAGGACAGCAGUGAUUGGCAUGAAGGCGGUCUCCACGGCAACAAGGAAGUAGUUAACAGACACAGUGUCUUCUGUGGAGGCGUCUCUGACUCGGGUUUGGGUUGUGUUCUGACUGUGUGCUGCUGUCACCUGAUUCUCCAUGUCUGUCACGUGUACACACACACACACACACACACACACACACACACACACACUCUGCUCUUCUCCACUGUCUAACACUCUCUCUUCUCUUCUCUUCAUCUGCAUUUUCAGUAAUAAAGUUUAACAGAC